AUGGCGACCAACGCUGUACCGGACACGCAAUUGGGCCUCACCGCGGAGGAAAUCCAGCUCCUGCGCCAAGGUCAGGCAGCGUUGGGCGGGAGCGCCGGCGGAGGCUCGACGAGCUCCCGGGCCGCCAGCAGAGCUAGCAGCCAAGGCCUGUUGCUGCUCGACAGCUCUUCCCUCACGGCUCUCGGCAGAUACUUUGACCGGCUGAUGGCCGGGAUAGAGCAGAACAUCCGCUACCUCAGUGAGCAGGCGCAGAUGUUCACCCAAGUCCAGUACGACCGGGCGGGCAACAUCAUUGACGGCGCCGACGCGGAGAUCGCCCGGUACACGGAGAUCCUGCGCCAGCUCGACGAGCUCGAGGUUGAUUUUGACCGGAUAGCUCACAUCAAGGAGAUUGUCAAAGGGUACCGCCAACGGGUCGAGGAGCUCGAGAGAGAUCUGGAGACGAGCGGCUCGUCGAGCCGACACCACAAACACUCAUCACAUCAUUCAUCGCACCGUCACGGAGCCGCUCGCUGCGGCUUGCGUCGCACAUGGCACGGGUUGGGCGGCGUACUGGUACGCAUCGCGUGCAUAGCGCGGGAGACAAACAGAGGCCACGGGGCCAGAGGAGCAAUCGGAAUUCAACCGGCAGCACAAGACGUCACGGAAGAUGCCCGGGCACAUGGUACCACAGCACUGGCUGCUACGAUGCACUUUCCACCCUACUCGCCCGGAAGCGUGCUCACGGGUUCUGAAAUGUACGAGGGAGGUAUUUUGAAGUUGAAGUUUGGACUGGAUAACACACAAGAUGGGUCGAGGCCUCGCGGCUGGGCAAAGAUGGAAAUCGGCCUCACGGCUCGUUGGAACUCUGUUGAUUUGGCGUUGGUUUACGCAGCUGUUUUCGCGAUUACUUGUUUCCUUUUGUCACCCUUUGGCGACCACACGCUAUAUGCUGAGGGGCUCACCCUGCUCUUACCGUUUGCGCUUGUUUCGGAUGCCGGAUACAUCCCCGCUUUGGGGCGCACCGCCAUGGGAGGGCUAGAAAAUUGGUGUUUCUCACGAACAACCCACCAAACUUGGCCGAAUGUUUUGUUUUUCCCCUGGGGGUUGGAUGCCUGUCAGCGAGGAGGCGGAUGUACGUCUUUUUUGUCACGUUUUUAUACCCAGUGGACCUUGUUCCAUGAACAUUUUUGGCCGCUCUCCCAGCAUUGA